AGAAAAUCCCUCAAAACCCUCGACCUCUCAAACAUACUUAUCUACAUUUCAAUAAACACUACACAAACAGUUGAAAAUUUUCAAUUGAUCAGAGCUAAGCCGGCUCUUAAGAAAAAAUGGCGGAUGAAGUGAUUCUUCUUGAUUACUGGCCAAGCAUGUUUGGGAUGAGGACAAAGAUGGCUUUGGCUGAGAAAGGAGUGGAGUAUGAGUACAAGGAAACGGAUCCUUGGGUUAAGACUCCUUUGCUCCUCGAGAUGAACCCUAUCCACAAGAAGAUUCCGGUUCUCAUCCACAAAGGUAAACCCAUCUGUGAGUCUCUUAUUCAGCUUGAGUACAUCGAUGAGGUUUGGUCCGAUACAUACCCGAUCCUUCCUUCUGAUCCUUACCUCAAGUCUCAAGCUAGAUUUUGGGCUGAUUUCAUCGACAGAAAGUUUUACGACCCAUCAUGGAAGAUAUGGGCAACAGUGGGCGAAGAACAUGCGGCAGUGAAGAAGGAACUGUUGGAACAUUUCAAGACACUUGAAACAGAGCUCGGAGACAAGCCUUAUUAUGGUGGGGAAGUGUUCGGAUAUAUGGACAUUGCAUUGAUGGGAUACUACAGCUGGUUCAAGGCCAUGGAGAAAUUUGGUGAUUUCAGUAUCGAAAAAGAGUUUCCGAAAUUGACUACGUGGACCAAGAGGUGUUUGGAAAGAGAGAGUGUGGUUAAGGCAUUAGCUGAUUCUGAUAGGAUCAUUGAGUACGUUUAUGUCCUGCAGAAGAAAUUUGGAGGAGCGUGAUCGUUUAAUGUUGUAUACAAAUAAAAUGGUUUGGGUAACAACAAGACUCUCUUAUGUUUUUCUGUUUUAUGUUAGAUUUUGUUAGUUUUUUUUAUUUCUUCUUCUUAUUGCUUCGUUGAAAGCAAAAUAAUCCGUAGUAAAAAUGUUUACUGUACUAUUCGUUUUU